GACGGACGGAUGAAUAGGUAGACAGAUAGAUAGAUGAUAAAGUUGGAGAUAAGGAAUGGGAGGGGAUAUGCAGGAAGCUGUUCGCACCGGGGAGCUGUGAGGGCAAUGGCGGCCGCUCAUCCUUGGACCGCGAUAGUCAACCUGAGAUAUUGACUGGCCUGGCAGUGGGAAUCCCUUUGUUUCGUCUGAUGCCCCUUUCUGAUUGUCAUGAGCCGCUUAUUUCUCCUGUAUCCUAGUCUUCACAGGCUGCUUCUCUUAUGAGAAUGCAGUGUUCAGUUUACAGCAUCUUUGUGCACAAUUCUUAAAAAGGUGCAGUUAUUCCUCCUCCAGGUAAACACUAAAACUCCUAAGGACUCAGAAUGCUCAGUCGGUUGCAGGAGCUGAAGAAAGAAGAAGAAGCUCUACUGAAAGUCAAAACCAGUUUACAAGAUCAAUUAAACCGACUCAAGGUAGAAGAGUUGGCCCUUCGCUCGAUGAUCAUGACUAGGGAAGAUGGUGAUGAUGACACUGACAACUGUGGUCAAGCAGCUGAACCUGUAGAGUCCUCAAUGCAGGUGGAUGAUGCGAGUGUUAUCAAUCAAACCCAGCUUCAGUUGAACACAUUACAGUCUGUUAGAAAUGCGUCACAAGAAAAUGAGGAAGAGGAGGAGGAUGAAGAAGAAUGCAUCUCCUAAAUAGAUCAGUUUUCAGAACAGCAUGCGAAGAAGUCAUACAAACAGAAUGUACUCAGCUUCAUUUGAAGGUGGAGUGUUGAACUGGGCUUGUAUUCAGAGUUUCAUCUUUACAGCAAUGCAUCAGCUCAUUGUUUCUCAAUAUAUGUACACUCAGCUAUACACUGGAAAGGUGGUCACCACAGGGGACUGUCUGCCAUCUCUGAGCCUGCAGUCUGCUAUCUGUUGGGGAUAUUGAGUGUUUUUGAAAUCGUUAUCCUCAUUGCUAUACCUCCUUUCAUGAGAGAAACGGAAAAAGACUGAAAGUGAGAAGAAAAUGGGAACUUGACAUUUAACUUACUGUAUAAAGGAAACAUGAACAUUUUUUGAUACAGCAAAGCAUUGAAGAAUUCUUGGAUUAAGACAAUUUUAAACUGAUAUGCCAGAUUGUUGCUGAGGGAAUAAAAGUGAGAUUCUACAAUGCUGAGCAUUUAGAACAUCAGAUCAAUAGACAAAUAUAAAAGUCUAUUAGACUAUAGCGUAUCUGUUCUCAGCUAAUGUGAGACUUUAUGGUUUGUGAGCCUUACAGAGGCUGUGUAACGGUGGGCAACUGAUACCACAGCAGUACUUUGUGACAGAUAUUCUUACUUAAAUGAGCCACAAAAGAAUCGAAGGUUGUUGGCCUUGAGCUACAUGUGUUUGAAAUAAUAAUGUUAAAUAUGUUAAAGAAUAGGGUUAUAUGUAAUAAUGAGGGUGAGUUGGAUGUGGUUCAACGUUUUGCCUCCUUGCAUGGAUACAUUUCUUUUCAGUUUUGGAAGUGAUUUUAAUGUUCAAUGAGUUGUUGGCCACUUCAUUUAUUUUUGUUUAUAAAGCCAUGAAGAGCAGCUACUGCAGCCUCCUAAUAUAAGAUUGUAAUAAUCAGUCAGCCAGUCCCUAUGCUGUGAUUCACAGUCGCUGUAUUUGAGUUUAUCCACAGUCACUCUUAGCUGCUUUUGUGCAAGUCAAUUUAAUUCACCGCAUAGACGUGGGAUAUAUCUGUAGGUUAACUUUGUGAAUUCAUGGAGCCUAACUUUGAGCUAUGUGAGUUACUGAGACUUGCCUCCAAACAACAAACAAAGCAGGUGUGUAGAUAUGUACAACACUGAGUUUAAUUCAGUUCCCAGCAUUGUGGCCAACUGCACUGUGUCCAUAUGACAGGCUAAAAAUGUUGCUAUGGAAUGUGUUUAUAUUGCACCUUUUCAAAACAGCCACAAUUUGGUUGACUUUACUUUGUGUGCCUUUUAAAAUAGAGGUGUCACUGUGCAGAUCAAGUGGGUCUUCAAUAGCCCCAAGGACUAUUCAAUCUUGAGUAAAAUACACCGUGACUCUGUGUGUUCAUUUAAAUCAAACCGGGCAUCAAGGCUAGAGCAUCAGUAAUAAAGCUGCAAAUCUGAGUAUUCCAGUUCGAAAAUUGAAUAUUUUGAUUUAUGGAAUGCAAGAAAAAUAAUCAUUGUGUUGUGUCUGAAACCACCAGCGGGGUUUCAGUUGUUUGAGUGUAAUAAUAUUUGCGUCACAUUUCUUUGUGGGCAGUUGCCAGCUGGGUUUGUUUUGAAAGAGUGCGUUUUAUACGGUGAUACCCGAAGAGAUUGUCUUUAGGGGAAAGAAGCCUUAGAAGAUGGAGUAUAAUUGGACAAGGGUGGAGAGGUAAUUCAAUACCUACUUUGAAGUUACAGGUUCUGCUUUUGUUUGAUAUUUCUGAUAUAAAUUCCAGUUUAAAUGCAGUAUAACACACAUUUGCAAGUAAGUAUAAUUUUAAUAUGGCACAUUUUAUAAUUAAAAUGUCAACAUUGAUGCAAGAAUUUACAAUGGAGUAAGUUAGCAUCAAGUGUAUGCAGAGCCUUCAUAUUAGAGACAGAAUGAUGAUUACUUUAUAAACUUCUGUAUUAUUGUAGCAGGCUGUGAACUGCCAUGAAUGUGCUCAAAGGUUAUCUUGGUCAAGAUGUUGAGAUCCUGCCUCACAGCUUCAAAGGAAAUCUUAAGCUUUUGCCUGAUAUUGAAACUGUGAAUGUAGAAGUUAUUUUUAAAACACCGUAAAACUGUGUAAAACAUAUGGAAGAAAAAUGUGUGUCCUGUAACACUUUAACAGCCAGUGAAACAGCUUUUCAUGUUCAGUGAAAAUAAGGCCAAUUUGUUUCUCAUUAGAGUUCAUUUUAAGUUAGACUCAUAAGUUUAAAAUAUGUGGCCAAUAGUUGACACCAACCUGCAGCAUCCUGGCUGAUGGAAUGAGAGCUGGUGGUGAGCUGCACUAUUCACUGUAAAAGCACAUGCAAACAGAAAGGAGCGAGAAAGGUAGUAAUGUCAGAACAGUAAACUUGUCUUAGAGCCAGCUAAACAUGGACUGCAUCGGGUGAUCUUUCUCUCCUGCUGAGACUGAAAACAAAGUUGACAAGGGCUCUCCUCCAUUCUGGGAGAUAGACUCAAAAUUAACAAAGGCUGCUGAAGGAUUUGUAAGCUGGCCAUUUGAAAUUUUGAAGAGUUGGGGCGUACAUGCAGAAGGUUGAGUAUUUGUCCCCAGACUGGUCAAGUUGCUUCAGAACACACAUAUUAAUUGCAUUUUAUGGCUGAAAGCCUAUUGACAUAUUUUAAGUAUUGUCGCAAGAUAGAUGUGUAGGCCUUAAAGUGGAAAAAAUGUGAAAGCUUUUUGCAGCUGGUUAAUUGCACUGUUACAAAGCUAAUCAAUAAUAAAAUUGAUUUUUGUUUCUUGUGACAA